UCCAGCCCCUCCUCCUCCAGCCCCACCUCCUCCUCUUCCAGUUCCUACUCGGGACGGGCCCGGCCUGGCCUCCCGGAGCGAUCGAUGGCUCGGGCUCGUCGCACCCGCCUGCCCAGCCUCUGCGCUCGGCUCGCCAGGCCUGCGGCGCUACCAUGGAGACACGGCCCCGCGGCCCCAGGCCCCGCCCUGGGAGCGCUGCAGCGCCUCGCCCCGCUGCCCGCGUCUCCGAGGCUCACGACGCGCGGGGCUUCCCGGGAGCUGGAUGCUCGGAGCAGAAAGGCGGCCCUGGGGGCUCCUUCCGGUCCCGGGGCUGACGCCUGGCGGCGUCGCCGAGAACCCGCGCCCUUUCGAGCGCCGCUGGCUCCUGUUUCACAGAUGGAGACCCUGAAGCCCCAACAAGCAGCCUCCCCAGCACCGCCCAGUGACUGAAAAAGCUGGCACUGGGCGCCCGUCUCACUCCCCACCCAGCUCCCAGGCUGCCCCACGGGACCAGCAUCUUUGGGGAGAGACGAGACCUGAACAGAUGCUGGGGCCGGAUCCCCAGGGUUGGUCAGAACAGCCGCUGCCCUGAAAGCCGGCUCGGACAGAUGCGUGCAGGGCGUGCCACCGGAGCUCCUUGCAGCUUGCGUCUGGGGCCACCAUGUCCCUUCCUCAGGGCGCUGGAUCCAUCUCUUCAAGCUCAGUGGUCCAGGCCAUGGUGGCAGAAUCACCCCCCAGGGUGUGACGCCACGUCCUUAUCAAUUCCACACAGGUGCAUCCGGAAGAGCUGUGGCUGGGCGCUGCUCUGACCUGUGUGCGGUCCCCUGAAUGGGUCUCAGGUGUCUUCGGAAUGGCGAGGCCGCCUCAUUUCCUGGCCACACAACCCUCCUGAGGACGCUGCCUGCAAAUGGCCUGAAUUCCUAACUUCUACCAUUCAAUUAAAUGAGGGAUCCUUAAACCCCAAAGCUGGGAAAGCUGUCCGUUAAUUUAGUGCGAAGCCUGCGGCAGCUGUGCACUCGUGGGCCAUCUCAGAACAGCAGGAUUCCCAGGAGUCCAGACAGGGGAGGGGAUGAGUGGCCGCGUCCCCCUGGCAGAGAAGGCCUUGUCUGAAGGCUACGCCCGCCUCCGGUACAGGGACACCUCCUUGCUCAUCUGGCAGCAGCAACAGCAGAAGUUGGAGUCGGUGCCCCCGGGGACAUACCUGAGCAGGAGCCGAAGCAUGUGGUACUCACAGUAUGGAAAUGAGGCCAUCUUGGUCCGAGACAAAAACAAGCUCGAGGUCUCCAGGGACACAGGGCAGUCCAAGUUUUGCGCAAUCAUGUAAUUCCCAUGUGAGCACCUGAGCCCAGGACCACUCUUCCAGGAAAACAGACCUGGGUUUCAUUCAGUUGUCUUGAUUUCUAAUCCUUGCUGGAAGAUUUUGAAUAAUGAAUGUGAAGAUCAAACUGUGGCGUAAGAACCCAAGCAGCACAGAAUCUGCCCCUGAGUCCCUCAGCACAGCCGCGGUGUGACUGGUGCACAGGACACUUCCCCUCUAGAGUCCCCUCUGUAGUCAGCUGUUGUGACAUUCAAAUUCUCCAGGUGCUGCUAGGGACUGCAUAGGCCUGGGCACUGCUAGAUGCUUGGUUUAACCAAGCCAAGAGUAACCCUCCCAUUCCCGUUAUAAACCACCUUUUCAAGUUUGUAUAGGUUUUAGUUUUUUGUUUUUAGCAUAAAUGGCGGAGUAGUAGCAGCAUCUCACCGGGAGCUUUGUCGCACUUACAUUUUGUUUUUUGCUUUUUGAGACAGGGUCUCACUCUGUUGCCCAGGCUGGACUGCAGUGGUACGAUCACAGCUCACUGUAGGUUCGAUCUCAUGGGCUCAGGUGAAUUUGGGCUUCCCAAAUUCAGCUUCCCAGGUAGCUGUGGUUCCAGGCGAACUACUGUGUAUAGAGACAGGGUUUCCCUGUGUUGCCCAGGCUGUUCUUACACUCCUGGGCUCAAGCCUCCCAUGAUGCUGGGAUUACAGGCGUGGGCCACCGCACCAAGCCCGCAUUUAUAUUUUGAGUUACCAAAAUGAUCGUCCUGUGUGAAGCAUCAUGGUAGCUUCCAAGCAUUUGCGGCCCACCGGCCAGUGCCUCCAAAACACAUUCAGGAAACCUGACAGUUGUAAGUUGCACAUGUGUGGCGUAGUGAUUUCCACGUAGUAACAGGGCUGAGUGAGGCAGGCUCUCCAUCAGACUUAAAGCAGUCAGCCUCUGCCCCCAGGCCGCCACUGACGUGUGUUCACUGUCGCUGCCACAGCUGGCCACCUGUGUGUUCAGUCUCCAUGAAGGAGUCACCCUCUGCUCUGACAUCUCCUUGGCUACACGGAUGUGCAGGUGUCUCUUGUCAAAGCUAAUUUUUAUUUUCUAAAUAAACAUCCUUUAAUACAUUACUCCCCUUCCUCAUGUUAUUUUUAUCCUUGUUCAUAAUAUGCUACCUGGCUUCCCAUUUUUUAUAGCAGUAAUAUCUAAUUGAUUGCUAAAAACUGCAAUACAGAAAGGCAUAAAGCAAAGCAAAAGUGCUCUCCCUGGGGAGAAGCUGGCCGGCAGCUGGGGACGUGUCCCAUAGCUCCUCGGUGUGCGCACACGGUCACGUGAUUCUGACGGCGUCCUCCUGUACCAUGCCUCUUGUGUCUGCCAUUUUCUUUCUUGCCCAACUGUACAGACUGGGCAUUCACUUCAUGCUUUUUUGUUUGUUUGUUUUUUUGAGACAGAGUCACUGUGUUGCCCAGGCUGGAGUGCAAUGGUGCCAUCUCAGCUCACUGCAACCUCUGCCUCCUGGGUUCAGGCGAUUCUCCUGCCUCAGCCUCCUGAGUAGCUGGAAUUACAGGUGCCUGCCACCACGCCCAGCUAAUUUUUGUAUUUUUAGUGGAGACAGGGUUUCACCAUGUUGGCCAGGCUGGUUUCGACCUCCCAAUCUCAGGUGACAUGCCUGCCUCCCAAAGUACUGGGAUUACAGGUGUGAGCCACUGCACCCGGCCCACUUCAUGCUUUUAACCUCUGACUCUCCCGUGAGUCCACAGAUGGGCAGUGACGGUGUCGAAGUUGUCAUCUGUGCAAACAGCAUGUUCUGAAUGUGCCUGUACUCUGUUGGUGCUUCUCUUUGCAGCUGUGCAAGUUCAUUCGCAAACAUCCUAGAAGUGGAACUGCUGGGUCACAGUGCAUUCCCCAAACAUCCUGCCAGAGGCCUGGUCGGCAGCAGCCUCCUGCACUGCCCGAGUCCUUUCUGAGAGAUUCCUGGCUUGUUUGCAGCCUGCGGCUGGGAGGUUUGAAGUCAGACUUCCAGGAUUGCUGCAUGGAGCUGCAGAGUAAGCACGGGGCUGGAGGACCUGCCCCGCUAGCUGACACACCCACAGCAAGGCGGGCCUGCCAAGGAAGCACUCCACAUCCACUAGGUAGGGUUUGUCUACAUCUUUUUAGUUCUUCAGUUUAAGUCCUGCCUGGGAAGAAAGCAAACUCCAGAGGCAAAUCUGGAAUGCCUGUGGGCCACCUUCUCACCGCACCGGACUCCCCCGAGGAUGGGUUGUGGCGGGGUUGACCCCAAGCAUAGGAGGCAGCGCUGACACGCAGAAUGGGAUCUGAGGUCAUGUGCAGUACUGGGAGGAUGUGUGCUCAAGGGCCAGUCUCUGCAGGGGUCAGGGCGUGUGGGCCAUGCACAAGCCAGCUGGCACUAAGCUGCUUAGGCUGCAGGAAGACACCAUCUGCCUGGGGCGGACAAGGCCCCAUGUCCGUCCUCAAGGAGGCUGGUCUGGAUAAGGGUCACAAUCUGGCCAAGAGUGACACCGUGCCCCCUGACUCCAUCUGGGGUCGAGUUGGACAGGUCCUCAGGCCCAGACGUGGGCCCAGCCAGAAUCUUCUCCCCUGGAAUGUCUCCUCCAGGCCUAGUUCCAGAGCUGUCCUUCUUCAGCGAGCCGUGCUGCACGCCAGCCUCUGCAGUCUGGCAGUUAAACCUAUGAAAAUCUGCUUUUGGGAUUUUAUUUGCAUGUCCCUUAGGACUGAGCGCAUCACAGGAAGCCACUUCAGGAUGGACUGAGGUGCAGAGGGAGGGGACAAGUGGCCAGGUCGACUAGAAGAGCACAGAACCUGGCCGUCUCGAAGAGGGCAGCUUGUUCCAGGGAACCAAUGAACUGUCAGUAAAGGGGAUCGUAGCUUCCUAGCGAGGCCAGAAAUGAUGCUCCCUUCAUCCUGCCAGGGCACAGGACAAGGGCUACUUAAUGGUUUGGUUAUUAUUUUUUUUGGGAGAUGUGGUCCAGGCUGGAGUGCAGUGAUGCAAUCACGGCUUUACUGCAGCCUCAAACUCCUAGCUUCAGGCCAUCCUCCUGCCUCGGCCUCCCAAAGUGCUGAGAUCAGAGGCACGAGCCACUGCAUUCUGCCUUUAAAUGGUUUUUUGGGACCCCUUUUGGAUGCUUUGGGUGUUUUUGCCAAGGGUUACAGGAUGUCAAGUGUGGGGAGCUCAGCACCCUCACUGUGGACCAGUGAAGGCUGUUCCAGACCAGGUGCUUCCAGACAUUUCUAGGCUCCAGGAGAGAGGCUGGGAGCCCCCACAGAAAGCACAGGAAAAUGCAAAAUAAGAGUCCUUUUUUUUUUUUUUUUUUUUUUUUGCUUUUUAUUAUGAAAACAAAACAAAUGCCCCAGGAGAAGGGUCCAUGAUUACCAGAAACAUCAAAGAGUACUUUCUACCAUUUUUAUUCUGUUGUGUUGAGGCCAGCAUUGCAAUAAACAAGCUAAACUACUUACAUUGGACUCAUUUUCAGUAACUGACAUUUACAGGAAUAUACUAGAAACGGCACUAAAAAGUUUAAGAAAAGUUACGGUAAACUUGCAUGCACAUCAUACAGAAAAGUAACACUUUAAAUAUAAAAAAGAAAACCUUCCUGGAAGCGUUAUGCCAGUAUUAAGAAACAGCGCUACUCUGGAUGUGACAAAUUCUGUAUGUGGGUGUUACUGUUUCCCAAAAGACUGUCAGAGGCGUGAGUGCUGCAAAAGAACAACAAAAAAAACAAACACAAAAGAAAAUGUGUCUUACAGUUUGUAAGCAAGAUGACACCGCCCAACACAAAGAGGGGUCUGGAGUUCAGUUCACGCCCGAAGCCUGCCCCCUUGGCCUCCAGGGGUCACUCAGAGCGUUCUCAAAUCCAAUUCCGACACACGACUUGUCACUGCUCCU